GGGGCCCCUGUGUCCUUGCCCAAACUCAAAAAAACCUAUGAAAAAGGUACCAAGGGCAUCUCAUGGGGCCCCCUACUGACCCCGGGCUCUCGGGCAGUGCCCGAGUUUCCAAAUGGUCAGUCCGCCCCUGCUCAGGAUGAGCACGUGCAUAUUACACAUCCAGAUACCUGAUGUUCAGAUGCAUUUUCCAAGAGUGGAAGAGGACUCCAGUGGCAACCUAUGAAGCUCUCAUGAACUCCAUGCCCAAAAGGGUUAAGGCAGUGCUGGAAAAUAAUGGCAGCCACACAAAAUAUUGACACUUUGGGCCCAAUUUGGACAUUUUCCCUUAGGGGUUGUACCAGGGGCGGACUGACAACUCAUGGGGCCCCCGGGCAAUAGGGGAUCAUGGGGCCUCUGUGUCCUUGCCCAAACUCAAAAAA